CAAACGUUUUAUUCGUGGAGAGUCAUUUUUUCAAAUUUUAAUCCAUUCGAGUUUAUAAUUAAGUAUUAAUUUCAUACAUGGCUAAAUCCAUCGAUAUUUUAGCACUGUUCGUGUUUUUUUGCGUGAUUACACAUUCUUUGCGAGCAUCACCGCCGCCAAUACGGAAAGGGAAACCUCCUAAGCAAUCUGGCCACGUCGAUGCCCCUAAAUCUUCGGGAUCAAUCGAUAAAGAGAUCAAAGCCCAGUGCAAAACGUCGCAACCAGAAUGCAAAGUCAACGUAAAACAUAUGCAAUCGAGGCACGCGCUCCUCAUCGACUCUACCGAUCAUACCAAGUUCGUUUAUCCGGACAAAUUCGGUAACGUUCACUUGAAACAAAAGCAACAUAUUCAUCUUGCCUGCUCCGGAACGGGUAACAAAUUUGCUAAAAUUAAAAAGCAGUACUCGACGGCCACUUGUCUAUGCGACGACAAGUUCUUUCUCGAGGGCAAAAGAUAUCUGUUCGACGAGCUGCUGUGCGACAAGACACCCCAAUAUGAGAUCCUGUCAGUCGAUAAAAAAGGAGACAAUAAUCAGUUCAAUGUAUGCUUUAAAACGGACGUCGGUGGUACUUAUCUGACGCUCAUGCAAGUUCAUCAUAAUAUUAAAAAGCAAAGGACUAGUUUCGUAAAGAGCACAGUUCCCAAAGAGGCAGCUUUCCAACAUUUCGAAAACGUUAACGACGAUGGCACACCGCUCAAAUUUUCACCGACUUUUAUGCAGGUCAACGGUCCCAAGUCUCUAGAUUAUUUUUACUAUUUCGCUUCGCAAGAACAAUCUUUCGAGACGGAAUUCCCGAAAAAUGUCUACAUUCAGAAUGGCCAAGAUUUGAUUUUCAGUCGCGGGCACUUGGUGGCUAGGGCAGACAUGGUGUACGCUCCAGCGGCACGUGCAACGUACAUCUAUCUGAACACGCAUCCGCAAUGGCACAUCAUCAACAGGUCCAAUUGGAAUAAAAUCGAAGAGUACGUUCGAAAAAUGGCCGUCAGUUUGGGCAAAGUUUUGAAUACCUACACGGGCACCAGUCCCGAUCAGUUGAAGUUGGAAGACGACGAAACUAAAAAAGACAAAGACGUUUAUUUGAGCGUUCACGAGCACACGGAGAAGGAUAAAAAGGGACGAGAGAAAAAAGUAAUCGACAAGAAUUUGCCGGUGCCGCUUUACACCUUUAAAAUAGUCGUGGAGCCGAGCACAAAAUCCGGCGUCGUAUUCGUCACCGUGAACAACCCUUAUCUCCGCGACGAUCAACUGGAUAAACAUCAGUUUUGCAAGAAAGUCCUGCCACUCCCAGCUGAAGUUGACGUAUCGAGCAACGAAGUCACCAAAUCGGGGCACUUGCACGGGUACUCUUACAUGUGCGAAGUCUCAUCAUUCUUAGACAAAACCGGUCUUCGUUACUUGUUCCCCGCGGAAGUGAUGAGCGUGGCACACUUACUAAGUAUUUGAAAAAAUGUGUUAAUAAUUAUUAAAAAAGAAUUACAAACGAUAACAAUUUCUCUAAAAUGCAUGUACAUCUACAGCCCGGAAAAAAAUUAUGAAAUUCUAUAAAAACCGCAACUAUAUUACGUGCAAUACGUUUGUGCGCAAUCGAGCAGUUCUCAUUUGCUCUAUA